GGUCCUUCCGGCGUGUCGGAAAACUGGAAACUUAUUUUACCGCAGUGAAACCUGCCGUCGUGACCGGACAGCCUUGCCGUUUAUUGAUCCCCGGAGCCGGUCAGUGUCACCAUGUCGAUGCUCGGGACCGUCGCGAAGCAGCUCAGGAACCAUCCAGCUCUCAUCCCACUGUUCAUCUUCAUCGGUGGUGGGGCAACAAUGAGCAUGCUGUACCUUGGCAGACUGGCGCUGAAGAAUCCUGAUGUCUCUUGGGAUCGCAAGAACAACCCAGAGCCUUGGAACAAAAUGGAGGCCAAUCAGCAGUACAAGCUUUUCACCAUAAACAUGGACUACUCCAAGAUGAAGAAGGACAGGCCCGAUUUCUAAACCCAUCUGUGAUACUGUCGUCCCCCGUGGAGCAUUUGCACAACGCUGACUGAAAAUUUGUGCUGCUGUCAUCUAAUCAAUGCAUAUGUUAGAUGUGAUGGGGGGGAUCAUUUAUCGGUGACUGUAUAAAUAAAACAGGAAAGCACCUGUUUGACUGAACAAUUCACUUUGAAUUUUCCUGUGUUGUAAUUUAUUAAAAAAGUAUUGAGAUCA